AUGUCAAUAAAAAAGACAAAUGAUAAAGAUAUCUUUCGAAAUGUUGUUGAUAUUGGCCUUCGAAUGUAUGGAGAUGGACAUUGUUAUCCAUCAUGUACUGUUGAUUAUAUAACUGAAUAUUGUCGUCAACAACUUCGACUCUAUAUUCUUAAACAUAAACAAUUAAUGAAGAUAUGUAAUAAUAAUCGAAUAUCAUUUCUAAAUACACUUGUAUAUACAUCACGUCAUAAAAAAGCUUGUAUUAAACGGCUUCAACAAUUUGUUCAAACUAAAGAUCGAUCAAUAACACAACAAGAAGAAUUAAAUAAUACUAUUAUUAAAGAUAAAAAAUUAACAAUUACUAGUCGAUUUACACGAAUAUGUCGUCAAUUACACAUUCCUAUCGAUAAUAAUAAUUCAAAUGAAUCAAUAAUAUCAAAAUUAGAUCAUCAACGUUCACGUCAAUAUGCUCGUCUCGAUGCUUAUUAUAAAAGUGAUGAAUUAACAGCAAAUGCUUAUUUAUUAUUUGUUGAAAAACAACAUAGUUCAUUUAAUAGUCUUCGUUCAUUAUCAUCAAUUGAUAUAUUCUAUUGGCUUAAUAUAAAUGAUUUUUUAUUUUCAAAAAAAUCCAUCUCAAAUCAAGAUCUUCGUUUAGCUGAAAUUUGUUUAUUUCUUAUUAAAGAAAUUCUUCUUAAUCUAAUGGAUAAAGUUUUUCAAUCAUCUAUUCCAUGUCAAAUACAAGAUAUAUUUCGUCGUCAAUAUGUACAGAAUAAUCGUCGUUUAUUAUUUUCAGGACGAAAACGAAUAAUUCAUUAA